ACCCCCUUUCAACGGUGUUGUUAUCUUGUGUGACUGUGAUUCAAAGUAAACGCCGUUUCUUCACACAAAAGAAAGAGAGAGAAAGAGAGAGAAAGCUCUGUAACGGUUGCAGGCAGCAGUGGCAGCAGCUUAUUACCAUCAGAGAGCCAUAACAACACAUACAAUAAUAAAGCUGUGUUUAAUUUUUCUUUUCCCACUCAUUAAAUUCUCUACGCUUCUGUUAAUCAUUCAUUUCGCUCGGUUCAACCGUGCACGUGACACACGAUGAUGAUGCCGAUCAUAGUACAUGAGAAGAAAAAUAUAUAAGUGUGUUUGUGUGCAUGACCAUGUAAUAUAUAAUGACGAUAAUGAUGAUUGUUACUAUUAUUGGUCACAAACUCUGAACUGAGUGAGUGUUUAUUUUUCUUCAGUAAGUCAAAAGAUGUUGAAUCGUCGUGGUGGUGAAGAAGAUGAGUUAUAUGAACAACUAUGGGAAGCAUGUGCAGGACCCCAUGUGGAUGUUCCUCGUUCUGGUCAAAGAGUGUUCUAUUUUCCACAGGGACAUAUGGAGCAAUUAGAAGAAUCAACAAAUCAGGAACUAAAUCAGAGGAUUCCAGUGUUCAAACUUCCCACUAAGAUCCUUUGUCGUGUCGUCAACGUCCAUUUGCUGGCUGAACAAGAAACGGAUGAGGUUUAUGCACAGAUUACUUUGGUGCCAGAAUCUAAUCAAGCUGAGCCGACGAGCCCUGAUUCGUGCCCCGCCGAGCUUCCAAGGCCACAAAAUCACUCCUUUUGCAAGGUCUUAACUGCCUCCGAUACCAGCACUCAUGGCGGUUUCUCGGUUCUCAGAAAGCAUGCCACCGAAUGCCUUCCAGCUUUGGACAUGUCUCAGCCAACCCCAACUCAGGAAUUGGUCGCCAAGGAUCUUCAUGGUUAUGAAUGGCGCUUUAAGCAUAUAUUUAGAGGUCAACCACGCAGGCACUUGAUCACAACUGGAUGGAGUACUUUUGUAGCUUCGAAGAGAUUAGUCGCCGGAGACACCUUUGUGUUUCUGAGAGGACACAAUGGAGAGUUACGUGUUGGACUGAGGCGUAAUACUCCUCAGCCAAGCAGCAUGCCUUCAUCUGUGAUUUCCAGUCAGAGCAUGCAUCUUGGAGUACUCGCAACUGCAUCUCAUGCUGUUGCAACUCAGACUCUUUUUGUUGUAUAUUACAAGCCAAGGAGGAGCCAGUUCAUUGUUGGCUUGAACAAGUAUUUAGAGGCUAUGAACCACAAAUUUGCUGUUGCUAUGAGAUUCAAGAUGAGGUUCGAGGGUGAAGAUACCCCUGAAAAUGAGAGAAGAUUUUCUGGGACAAUAGUUGGAGUAGAGGAUAUUUCUCCUUAUUGGGUAAAUUCGAAUUGGAGAUCGCUUAAGGUUCUAUGGGAUGAACCUGCAUCUGUUCCAAGACCUGAUAGGGUCUCACCUUGGGAAAUAGAGCCCCUUAUGGCUUCUGUUGUUACUUCUUCACUUCAAUCUCCUGUUUUAAAGAAUAAAAGGCCUCGACUACCUGGUGAAGUUCAUGAACUUGACACAAGAUCGGCUGCUUCGACUUUCUGGGAUGCUGCGUUGGCACAUUCAGAUGUAACGCAACUUAGCGUUAUUGCUGAAAGCAAUAUGAGUGAUAGUACCCAUGUGUGGAAUCACAAGCUGAUUGACAACAGUAAAGGAAGCUACAAUGCUAUGUCGAGGAUUCAAACCGAAGCAAUUCGGGUUUCUUCUCCCCAUUCAAGUGGCCCAUCUCAAUUAUUUCUGGACACAACAUUUGAUGAUGGCAAGAGGUUAAACAACAAUGAUCAUUUGCUUGAUCAAGUAGACAAGGAGCACAAAAUGGAGACGGCUACGAGCUGUCGAUUGUUUGGAAUCGAGCUUAUUGAUCAUGCCAAGAACUCUCCUGUUGUAGAGAAGGCACCAUCCGUAGCGAAUGCAUCCGGAGUUACCAAUGAGGGCUCUGUUAAUACCAUGUCCCGAACUGAUGCAGACCAAAACUCUGAUAUGGUUAAGACUUCUAACAAAGAGCGAAAGCACGAAGAGCCGCCACAAGUAUCCAAAAGAGAAACUCAAAGCAAGCAAAUCUGUAGCAGAAGUUGCACUAAGGUUCAAAUGCAAGGGGUUGCUGUGGGUCGCGCCAUAGACUUGACCAUGUUGGAAGGGUAUGAUCAACUUGUUGAAGAACUGGAGAAGUUGUUUGAUAUAAAGGGAGAGCUCCAACACAGAAAUACGUGGCAAAUUGUCUUCACUGAUGACGAAGGUGAUAUGAUGCUUGUUGGCGAUGAUCCAUGGCCUGAAUUCUGCAAUAUGGUGAGAAGAAUCUUCAUCUGUUCCAGCCAGGACGUGAAGAAAAUGAGCUCUGUGAGGACCAAAGUACCCCUCUCUUUAACAGAAGAGGAAACUGUAAUAAGCUCAGACACAGCUGGGACCUGAAAAACUUUUUCACAUCCUUGUGUCGUUUUUCUUCUUUUUCUUUUUGUUUUUCCUUUUUGGGUUAGUCUUUAUUAUUGCUAUUUCUGUUUAUGGUAAAGAGUUGGUCUAUUUUUGGCUAGGC